CAGAGGCUGUUGAUUAAUAUGCUUGCAUUACUAGUCAUUAACAAAAAUGGCUUCAUUUUCCUUUCCCAUUACCACUACUGCCUUUGUUAUCUUGCUUCUAAGUCUUACCUCCAAUGUGUUCAACAACUCAGCAGCCAAACACAGCCAUUCCUCCUCCGUUAAGGGCAUAAAAAACCCGAGGCUGCAAAAAGCCUACAUUGCUCUCCAAGCUUGGAAACGUGUUAUCUACUCUGAUCCUAACAACUUCACUUCUACUUGGGUUGGCCCUUCAGUCUGCAACUACACUGGCAUAUAUUGCGCGCCAUUCCCUAAUAACACCAAACUCCAAGUUGUUGCUGGCAUUGAUCUGAACCAUGCUGAUAUAGCCGGUUUCCUACCUGAGGAACUCGGUCUUCUCAAUGACUUAGCGUUGCUGCACCUAAACAGCAAUCGCUUCUGUGGAAUCCUCCCACUCUCUUUAUCCAACCUCACUCUCUUGCAUGAGCUUGAUCUCAGUAACAACAGAUUCGUAGGACCUUUUCCUAACGUUGUCCUCUCUCUGCCUUCCUUGAAAUAUCUUGAUCUUCGCUACAAUGAGUUUGAAGGCCCAUUGCCUCCUCCACUCUUUAGCAAAGAUCUCGAUGCUAUUUUCGUUAACAAUAACCGUUUAACUAACGUGAUCCCUUCAAAUUUAGGAUCAAGCUCUGCUUCUGUUGUGGUUUUUGCUAAUAACUACUUUGGAGGAUGCUUACCACCAAGCAUAGCCAACUUUGCAAACACCUUAGAAGAGUUGCUCCUUACUAAUACUGGCUUAUCAGGGUGUUUGCCUCCUGAAGUGGGAUUUUUGUACAAGCUAAAAGUUCUUGAUGUGAGCAACAACAAGUUAGCAGGGACAAUACCUUAUACUAUUGCUGGUUUAGCUCACUUGGAGCUACUAAAUUUAGCACAUAACAUGUUUAGUGGAACUGUACCAGAGGGAAUAUGUGUAUUACCUAAGCUCUCAAACUUCACAUUCUCUUAUAACUAUUUCUGUGAGGAGCAAGGUAUUUGCAGCAACUUGACAUCAAAGGGCAUAGUGUACGAUGAUCGUCGUAAUUGUUUGCCAGAAAAGCCUCUUCAGAGAAGCAAGAAGGAAUGUGAUGCUGUGGAUGAGCAUCCCAUUGACUGUUUAGCAUUUCAUUGUGGCACUUGAUACUGUUUUCAUGUGUUGGUUCUACUGAAAAUGUGACAAAUUAGUACUAGCAUGAGUUUUCCUUUUAACUUUUUUUUCAAAUUUAGUAGCCAAUGUGAAAAAAGAAUAAAGUCAAUAGUAAUUCUGUAAAAUAUGGUGUGUGAUGAAGUUUUUCUUAUGUUGGUUAUUUAACU